AUCCAUAAGAUCGUAUUGAAAGGAAAAUCUUGAUAGGAAUUUCUCAUACCGUCCAAAGUUUCUCAUGUUCUCUACUAGCCAAUCCGUUCUCGCGACAACGUCGACUUUAAAGCCCAUUAAUGCCUGCAAAACGUUCAGUUUGGCCAGCCUGCGACGCGAACAGUUAACCUCACUCCUUUCGGAGGCCAGCAGCCAGCGACGAGCGCGACAAACCAAUCGCUACUCGUACCACGACACACCCUUUCAAUGCUCGUCUCGUUUAUUUUUGAGACAAUCCUAGCGAGGUAGUGGCUAUAAAAUAAAAAAUACGUUUUACGUUUAUCUCAUUGUCGACAUCGGCCAAUAAGAUUUUGAUGUUCGUCGGCCUAUAACCAAUUUAAAUUGCGACAGUAUGACAGAGCAGCAAAUGGAUUGUGCGUUAGACCUGAUGCGGAGAUUACCUCCGCAACAAAUUGAAAAAAACCUCAGCGACCUGAUUGACUUGGUUCCUUCGUUAUGCGAGGAUCUACUGUCCUCUGUAGACCAACCGUUAAAGAUUGCCAAGGAUAAGGAGUCUGGCAAGGACUAUUUAUUGUGUGACUACAAUAGAGACGGAGAUUCAUACAGAUCUCCUUGGAGUAAUACUUACGAUCCACCGCUAGAGGAUGGCUCAAUGCCUUCUGAACGAUUGAGGAAACUGGAAAUAGAUGCCAACCAUGCCUUUGAUCAGUAUCGAGAGCUCUAUUUCGAAGGUGGGGUCUCGUCGGUGUACUUGUGGGACUUGGAUCAUGGUUUUGCAGCAGUAAUUCUUAUCAAGAAGGCUGGCGAUGGUUCUAAAAAGAUCAAAGGAUGUUGGGACUCGAUACAUGUAGUAGAGGUACAAGAGAAAUCGACUGGUCGUACUGCGCACUAUAAACUCACAUCAACAGCCAUGUUGUGGCUGCAGACUAACAAACAUGGUUCUGGUACAAUGAAUUUGGGUGGCAGUUUGACGCGUCAGGUAGAACAAGACGCUCAGAUCAGCGAAACAUCUCCUCAUAUCGCGAACAUCGGUAGAAUGGUGGAAGACAUGGAGAAUAAAAUUCGUAAUACAUUAAACGAGAUCUACUUCGGUAAAACGAAGGAUAUUGUGAAUGGGUUGCGGUCGGUGCAAUCUUUGGCUGAUCAAAGACAGCAGGCCGCGCUCAGGCAAGAUCUCGCAGCAGCACUGCAGAGGCGAAAUGCCAACAAUUGAUCUUGCGAAGAGCCGGAAAGUUUCGAUUACGAUUACGAAUAGAUUUUAUGAUAUUUUUGGAUCCUUUCAUCUUGCUUGGGAUCUUUCGAUUUUCAUAGGCGUCUUUAUAUUUUUAGAAUCCGUGAAACUUCGGAUUUUUGAAAAGUUCUGAAAUUUUUUGCGGCGGUCUUCGAGUUCUUUAUCCGAUAAGUCUUAAAAUCUUGUUGGACUCUUGGGAAUUUUAAAUGCUAUGACUUGGGCCUUUUCCAGGUCAAACCGUAUCUAUAGAACUCGUAAAAUUCUUCAAUCAUUGUCUACAUUAUCGAAAAUGAUACCUAUUACUGUACUUUGUUGCCCUAAAGAGAUAUGAAUCAAUCAUGAACGCGUUGAUUAAACCUAAACAGUAUGAAAUACUUUGUUUAAUUUAGAAUGAAAUAGAGUUUAUUGUAAAUAUGCGGGAAAGGUGCAACGCGUUUUAGAACGGUAAAUUAGAUAAAGAACAAUGUAAAAUGCAAAAGAGAGUGAAUUAUAAUAUAGUUAACGCUUACUAUGUAAAAGCUCAAAAAAAAUACAUUUAGUAAUUCUCUCUUUUGAUUUGUAUUAAGUUUGACAAAUGAUGAUUGCAAAACGAUAAUAAAUUCAUAACAUUUUUGUAAUGUUUGGAAAGUAUUGAUAUUCCGCUUAUACUGUUUAGGGUUAAAUUUAAAAGUGCGUAACUUAGCGCUGAAAAUAAUAUAAAACGGUUUGCAUAACGUUAAAAAAGAAGUAUAUCAUAUUGCAUUGUAAAGAUUUGUCCUCGCAAAUGGAAACUUUUUGAAAAUUGUGCAUAUAGAAAUUGUAAAUUUUCAUUUAUAUCAAAAUUAUUUAGAUUCGAGGAAGUGGCAAAACUCAAAAUUUGUGUAAUAUUUGGACGUUGAAAGAUAAUCUUACUUACGUUAUAUUUAAUAUUAAAUCUGAGACAUAGAGCUAAUCCUCUCUGAAGGACAGUAUAAAACGAUUUAUUUACGUAAAAGUUCAAAAGGAGCGGUUGCAUUUUGCAUUUGUUAAUAAUGAAUCCAUAUAUAAUGCGCAAAUAAAAGUUUUCAAAUUAAACUUUAUUUGUUUGUAUUAAAUUUCACGAGUACAAAAAUCUGCUGGUACCAUAGAUCCUCGAAAUCUGCAGAUCCUCAAUAUCGUGGAUUUUUAUUAUCGGAGCUUUUCUUAAACAUAUUCCGUAUACAUAUUCCGGUGUGUUCUAGUAUGCAUGGAUCUUUGAUACUACAGAUCCUUGAACUGACACACAAGUUAUCAAGAUCUCAAAGAUCGCCAGUACCACGAAUCUUGCAUCUUGAAAGCGAACAAUUCUUAUGUUCUCUCUUAUCCUCGUCCUCUGAACUCCUGAUUCUUGGUACGUGACGUGGAUAUCGAAGACUCUUGGUACUAUAAAUCCUUGAACCCUUGUAAACGGCUGCGCAAUCAUACAUAUUGAGAACCUCGCAUAUUCUAUAUGAUCCAUGAGCGCAUUAGAUUAUUUCUUGUAAUGGAGACGCAAAAAAAAAUACCGCGUAGAAUUCGUAAGUACAUAAAUGAAAAGAAAAGCAUUUUUUUGUUUAUGUUAGUGCCUUCUUUUUUACACUUGAUUUACACCACCGAUAUUAUUACCCAUAACUUAAUUUUUCUGUAAUUAGACUAUCAUAAGAAUUAACUUAAUAACGUAAUUUAACAUUUUUUUUGUUGCAAAUACCGAAUGAUGGCAGUGUGCGGGCGAGUCAGUCUAAGAAGGGACUAAAAAAGACAUCACCGUAUCGCUCCUGUGAAUAUUUUCUUCCAGUAUUUCUAUACUAUUAUUUUUUUCAUAUGUAUAUUGAUACCUUCUCUCUCUCUCUCUCUCUCUUUCGGUUGUAACAAUCGAAAGAAAUAUGAGCCUGGUCCAAUAUAGCACACAUAGAUUACAGUAUUAAUUAUUAUUUUGUUUAUUUCGAUUAUAAUAGAUAAGUUUUUCGAUUUUAAUAUCGUCGCAAAAAUCAAAGUCAUCAAGGAAGGCGCGUUGUUUCGCGGUUACCCUUUUAACAUUUUUUUGAACAAAAGAUUUAAAAAAUAAACUCUUAUAAGAUAUAUAGCUCUUAGGAGGGAUAUAAGGAUAAUAAUUGUUAGAUAUAUCAGAAUUUACAUAUGCAUAUAUUUAGCGAUUUGGGGUCUUCGUAUUUAUUUGUUAUGUAAAGGAACUUCGUUAAGUGUUGAAGGACAUUUAAUCGCUAGGAGCAUAUUUGAAACGACGAUCCUAACGAGGUUUGGUGAUGCAAAAUUCUCGCAGCAAGUCAGAAGCAAUCUGAAUGUUUUAACGUGGAAAAAAUAAAAACUUAAGAAGAUCUAGAACGCUGUGUUAUAUUGGAGAUAAUUCUUUUACAGAAAAAUAGGAUGCGAAUUAUCGCGAGGACACCAAAUCGAGCAAAU